ACUCCCAGUCCAUAGGUUGCACAGCACAACCAAGGUAGAUUGCAAAGCACCUGUGAGCUGACGGUAAGUCGGUAAUCGUCUUCUGAUUCUCCUUCCAAAGUUGAGCGCAGGAAGAUAGAAACCCUAAUUCUCACACAUACGACCAGGAGGGAAAACUGAGAAAGCACGCUUGUGGAGCCUAGAAUUAUAUACGUGAACUCUAGGGUGUUCUGCGAGCUCCAUAUCUGGUAAUUUUUGUGCGGGAAUGCUAUCUGGCCCUAUUCAUAAAGAAUUCCUCACUGGCUUCUCUUAUCUCCAGACAACAUCUGCAAUCUAGGGUCUCAAGAAAUGUUCUAUACAGAUUAGUGUUUAAGUCAAGUUUCUGUCAACCUAGAACAGACAUAGCACUGAACAUGGAUGGUGGCAAGAGUUUUGCAAGGAGGGAUCGGCUGCUUGAGAUUGAGUCUAAGGUUCGAACAUGGUGGGAGGAAAAAGAUGUAUUUAGAGCUGAAUCCCAUGAAAGAGCCCCUGAACCUGGUGAAAAAUUUUUUGGAAACUUUCCAUACCCAUAUAUGAAUGGGUAUCUGCAUCUAGGACAUGCAUUCUCACUGUCUAAGCUUGAGUUUUCUGCAGCCUAUCAUAGGCUUAGAGGUGCCAAUGUGCUACUGCCUUUUGCUUUCCAUUGCACUGGGAUGCCCAUUAAGGCCUCAGCUGAUAAACUUGCCAGAGAGAUCCAAAAAUUUGGGGACCCACCUGCAUUUCCUACUGCUAUAGAGGAGCUCAGUAUUAACACAGAACCAGAAGCAGAGGAGCCAAAUGGAAGUGGGCAGACUUUUCCUGAUAAGUUCAAGAGCAAGAAAUCCAAAGCAGCUUCAAAAUCAGGUGGUGACAAGUUUCAAUGGGAGAUCAUGAGGAGCUAUGGCCUCUCCGACAGUGAGAUUUCCAAGUUCCAAGACCCAUAUCACUGGCUAACCUAUUUCCCACCCUUAGCCAAGGAGGAUCUCAAGGCUUUUGGGUUGGGAUGUGACUGGAGACGUUCUUUUAUCACAACUGAUAUGAACCCAUUCUAUGAUUCUUUUGUCAGGUGGCAGAUGAGGAAGUUGAAGGAGAUGGGAAAGAUUGUCAAGGAUAAGAGGUACACAAUCUAUUCUCCCUUAGAUGGUCAGCCAUGUGCAGAUCAUGACAGAGCAUCAGGUGAAGGGGUUCAGCCACAAGACUACACUCUGAUUAAAAUGGAGGUGGCGCCACCUUUUCCCUCAAAGUUGAGAGCAUUGGAAGGAAGGAGAGUGUUCCUAGCUGCUGCCACAUUGAGACCUGAGACCAUGUAUGGACAAACAAACUCAUGGGUGUUGCCUGAUGGGAAGUAUGGUGCUUAUGAAAUAAACGAGACCGAUGUAUUUAUUGUUACUGAGAGAGCAGCUCUUAACCUUGCCUAUCAGAAUUUAUCUAGGAUUCCAGAGAAGCCAACAUGUUUGGUCGAGCUAUCUGGUCAUGAUUUGAUUGGGUUGCCCUUGAAAUCCCCUCUUUCUAUUAAUGAGAUUAUAUACUCCCUUCCCAUGCUGACAAUUCUAACGGACAAGGGUACAGGAAUUGUGACAAGUGUGCCCAGUGAUUCUCCUGAUGAUUAUAUGGCUUUACAUGAUUUGAAGUCCAAACCAGCUCUCAGGGCCAAGUUCAAUGUGAAGGAUGAGUGGGUUAUGCCCUUUGAGGUUAUUCCUAUCAUCAACAUCCCAGAGUUUGGGGAUAAAUCUGCUGAGAAGGUGUGCAUUGAUCUGAAGAUCAAAAGCCAAAACGAGAAAGAUAAGCUCGCUGAAGCAAAGAGGUUGACCUACUUGAGAGGAUUCACAGAGGGAACAAUGUUGGUUGGAGAAUAUGCUGGGAUGAAAGUACAGGAAGCAAAGCCAUUGAUCAGGAACAAGCUUCUAGAGAUUGACCAAGCGGUUAUGUAUAGUGAGCCUGAGAAGAAGGUUAUAUCAAGAUCUGGAGAUGAAUGUGUUGUGGCUUUGACAGAUCAGUGGUACAUAACAUAUGGAGAACCGGAAUGGAAGAAAAAGGCUGAGGAGUGCCUUUCUAACAUGAAGCUCUACUCUGAUGAGACUCGGCAUGGUUUUGAGCACACCUUGAGUUGGCUGAAUCAAUGGGCUUGUUCCCGUUCUUUUGGGCUAGGGACUCGUCUUCCUUGGGAUGAUCAGUUCCUUGUUGAGUCCUUAUCUGAUUCCACGCUUUACAUGGCAUAUUAUACCAUUGCUCAUCUGUUACAGAAUGGGGACAUGUAUGGUUCAGAUACUUUGUUAGUAAAGCCAGAGCAGAUGACAGAUGAAGUCUGGAAUUUUGUGUUCUGUGGUGGGCCAUAUCCGAAUUCAUCUGAUAUCCCUACUUCUCUUCUUACCAAGAUGAAGCAGGAGUUUGAGUACUGGUAUCCAUUUGAUCUUCGUGUUUCUGGCAAAGAUCUCAUCCAGAACCAUCUUACAUUUUGCAUCUAUAACCACACAGCUCUUUUGGCCAAAGAUUUCUGGCCGUGUGGUUUCAGAUGCAAUGGGCACAUCAUGCUCAACUCUGAGAAGAUGUCUAAGUCCACAGGGAAUUUUAGGACCUUACGCCAAGCUAUUGAGGAUUUUUCUGCUGAUGCCACAAGAUUCUCUUUGGCUGAUGCUGGGGAUGGAAUGGAUGAUGCUAACUUUGUCUUUGAGACAGCAAAUGCUGCAAUCCUGCGACUCACAAAAGAGAUAUCUUGGAUGGAGGAGGUUCUGUCUGUAGAGAGUUCUUUAAGAAGAGGACCUCCAUCUACUUAUGCAGAUCGUGUGUUUGCUAAUGAAAUAAACAUUGCUGUCAAAAUGACAGAGCAACAUUACAGUGACUACAUGUUCCGAGAAGCUCUCAAGACAGGCUUCUAUGAUCUUCAGGCUGCCAGGGAUGAAUACAGGUUCUCGUGUGGUGUUGGUGGCAUGAACAAUGAGUUGUUGUUACGAUUCAUGGAUGUCCAGACAAGGCUUAUAACUCCAAUUUGUCCACACUACGCAGAAUAUGUCUGGAAGGAGAUCUUGAAGAAGGAUGGGUUUGUUGUAAAUGCAGGUUGGCCCGCAGGUGAUUUACCUGAUCUCACGCUUAAGAGUGCCAAUAAGUAUCUGCAAGACUCCAUAGUGUUGAUGAGGAAGUUGCUCCAGAAACAAGUAUCAGGAUCAAAGAAAGCUAACAAAAAGGGAACUGCAGUUCCUCUUCCCACUGAAGAAAACAAGCCAACAGUAGGCCUGAUCUAUGUGAAUGAGCAAUAUGAUGGUUGGAAAAGGGUAUGUCUGGAGAUACUCCAAAGCAAGUUUGAUAGGGAGACCCGCUCCUUUGCACCUGACCAAGAGAUAUUGGAGGCACUGCAAAGGAGUGAAAUUGGGAGGGAGGCAAAUUUUAAGCAGAUUCAGAAACUAUGUAUGCCAUUUUUAAGAUUCAAGAAGGAUGAAGUGCUCUCUGUUGGGGUUCAUGCCUUGGAUCUUAGGCUACCUUUUGGUGAAAUCGAUGUACUUGCUGAGAAUUUGGACUUAAUCAAGAGGCAGUUGGGCCUUGAUCAUGUAGAAAUUUUGUCUGCUACAGACCCUGAUGCUGUCAGAAAAUCUGGAUCGCAUGUAACAUUGUUAAAUCAGAAUCCACCUUCCCCUGGGAACCCAACAGCAGUAUUUCUAAGUAGGUUAAAUGCUGAUAUGCAAUGAUGUUAAAAUCCAUUCUGCUAUGUAUUUUUUGAGAGUAUCUAUAUUAAGAGUAAAGAUGGUAUAAGACUAAGAAGAGGGGUCGGCUAAUGUGGAGAUGUGUAAGGGCUGCAGUAAUUUGGACCAUAUGGGAAGAAAGGAACUCAAGGCUAUUUUCAGAUAAGGAGAGAAGCAGAGAAGCUGUCAUUGAGGUUGGCUUUUAACAGAGCAGUGCACUAGUUGAAGUCAGUGGAACUUUUUUAAGAUGUUCCAAUGGAAGCCUUUUCAAGUAACUGGAAUGAAAUUGCUUCCUCAGCUCCAGUUGAGGAGGCCUGCUGGAAACCUAGGUCAAUCAGGAAUUGGUGGAGUUUUUAGGGAUGAGGAAGGAAAUACAAUUGCUCUAUUCUCAGGUCCAAUUGGGGUGGGCAAUUCCUUAAGGGCUGAGAUUUUUGGUGGCUGUGGAAGGGGCAAUGAGGGCAAAGAACUUGAACAUUAGAAAGUUGAUUAUUGAGGGAGGCUCUUAAGUUAGUGGUGGACUGGUUAAAGGGAGAAGAGCAUUUUUUGGAACUACAGCAAUGAAAGGAAGCAACUCAAAUGGCUAACAAAAGAUAUUAAGCCAAGGUGUCUUGAGUCAGAGGAAGUGCCAACUUCUUUGCAGAUGGGCUAGCAAAGCAAGGGAUGAAUAGAGCCUCUGUUUUCUGGGCUCAAUUUACGAUGUGUCAGCUUUGCUUUUUAGAGGUUAUCCUUCCUUUUCCUUAUAAUUGUCUU